AUGGACGAGUCGACGGCAGCUGAGACAGCAGAGACACCACCCGUGGCCGCUAUUGAGAGCUUAGAGUCCCCGCAAAAGACAAAACAAAAGCAUACAAUCUCGCUGCAGUCUUCUGCUGGUACAGAAGACACGGUCUCUCUGGCUAUUCCCCUAGAUCAGAGCCCCUUGACAUUCGACGCAACCAAGUAUGCCGAGGAGUUGCAGGCGCACUGGGCUGCAGAAGGGGGUUCCGCCUCCUACGCGCUGUUGACGCGAGCGUUCGUGCUCGCGAAUGCGACAACUAGUCGUAUCAAGAUCGUGGACACGCUGGUGAAUUUCCUGCGGAUCUUAAUCGAAGGCGACCCAUCGAGCGUUCUCCCCGCCGUGUGGCUUGCAACCAACUCCAUCUCUCCACCGUACGACGAGCUGGAGCUUGGACUUGGCGGGUCCUCCAUAUCCAAGGCACUGAAGAAAAUAUACGGGCUUGACAACCAGGGACUGAAAACGCUCUACGACAAGCAUGGUGACGCGGGUGACGUCGCAUUCGAAGCAAAGAAAAGACAGUCCUUCACUCUGAUAAAACCAAAGCCGCUCAAGAUAAAGGGUGUCUACCAGUCACUGCAGAAAAUCGCCGCGAGCAAAGGCAGUGGGAGCCAGGAAACCAAGCAGCGGAUCGUCGAGAAACUCCUCCAAGACACGCGAGGUGCGGAGGAGAGCCGAUAUAUCGUGCGCACUCUCGUUCAAAACCUGCGCAUCGGCGCCGUCAAAACCACGAUGCUCAUCGCGCUGGCUCGAGCGUUCCUAUACUCUAAGCCCCCCGGAGCCGAAUUUUCUGUCUACUCCCAGCAGGAACUGGCGAGUCUGAAGAAAGAGAACCUGUCUGAGAUCUACAACAACGCAGAAGAGAUCGUCAAGGCCUCUUAUGCUCGACACCCCAAUUACAACGACCUCGUGCCUUGUCUGCUCGAGAUAGGCGUUAAUGAAGAGCUACUCCUGCGGUGCGGCCUACAGCUGCACAUCCCGCUGAGGCCCAUGCUGGGCAGCAUCACCCGCGACCUCUCAGACAUGCUGACCAAGCUACAAGGACGCGACUUCAGCUGCGAGUACAAGUACGAUGGGCAGCGCGCACAGGUCCACUGCGACGAUAAGGGGCGAGUGUCGAUCUUCUCCCGCCACCUGGAGAACAUGACGGAGAAGUAUCCGGACCUGGUGUCCUUGGUGCCACAGAUCCGCGGCGAAAGCGUGUCCAGCUUCAUCCUCGAAGGCGAGGUCGUCGCAGUCGACCAGGAGACAGGCGAACUCCAGACCUUCCAAGUCUUGUCCAACCGCGCCAAGAAAGACGUGCAGAUAGGCGCAAUCAAGGUCAACGUCUGCCUCUUCGCGUUCGACCUGAUGUACCUCAACGGCGAGCCCCUCCUGAACCGGCCCUUCCGCGAGCGCAGAGAGCUCCUGCGCAGCCUCUUCGUCGAAAUCCCCAACCGCUUCACCUGGGUCAAGAGCCUCGACGCCACGUCCGCGGACUCGGACGCCGUACUGGAGUUCUUCAAAGGCGCGACCGACAGCAAAUGCGAAGGGAUCAUGGUCAAGGUGCUAGACAACGUGCCCAAGAAUACCGCCGUACCACCCGACGAACAAAACAGCAUGCCGGCGGCUCCCACCUCCGCCGAUCCGCCAGCCGACGCAUCGAAGCCCGCGCCCAAAGGCAACCGCCGCAAGGCGCUCCUCUCGACCUACGAGCCGGACAAGCGACUCGAGUCCUGGCUCAAAGUCAAAAAGGACUACAGCACCUCGUCGGACACGCUCGACCUCAUCCCCGUCGCCGGGUGGCACGGCCAAGGCCGCAAGGCGAAGUGGUGGUCGCCCAUCCUGCUGGCCGUGCGCAACCCGGAGACCGGCAGCCUCGAGGCGGUGACCAAGUGCAUGUCCGGCUUCACGGACAAGUUCUACCAGGCCAACAAGGACAAGUACGCCGAGGGCAGCACGAACGUGAUCUCGCGCCCCGCCUACGUCGAGUACUACGGCGAGCCGGACGUCUGGUUCGAGCCGCAGGAGGUCUGGGAGAUGGCCUUUGCCGACAUCACCCUCAGCCCGACCUACCCCGCCGCCCUGGGGCUGGUCAGCGACGAGCGCGGCCUGAGCCUCCGCUUCCCGCGCUUCCUGCGCGUCCGCGACGACAAGUCCAUCGACGAGGCCUCCACCGCCGACUAUCUGGCGUUACUUUGGCGGAAGCAGUCCGAGCGAGCGCGCCUCGAGGACGCAGGCCAGCCUGUGUCUGGCGAGAAAUUGGGUUGGCAGGAUGAAUGA